UGGGGGUUGACAAGGCUGAAAAGUGCAAAGUUAAAUCUUAAUUUUAAAAGGAUUCUUCGCUAGGACAGCCUUAUCGCUAUGGAGGAGCGCGCCGUGCUGGCCAACAUUGCCUCUAUAAUCACCAAGGAUCUACUUAUUGACCAGCCGCCAGUAGACAUCACAUCCUGCAGCUUCCCGCUCCUGACCACCGCUGAGGACGAUGAUGAGGCGGAGAUAUUCGCCCUGUUGCAGCAGAAACGAACGGCGACAGUCAGCCGGAAGCGCAGAAUGCUGGAGGACACAUUAGGCCGGAAACCGGACCAGAAGGUGGCCAAACUGGAGUGGAACCAUGCCGAAUUAAAUCUACUGCACCGCUACACGGACGCCCAAUUCGAGUCAUAUCUGCAUAUGCGCAAGCUCACAUUCUUGAAAGUCCAGCAAACCCUGGAGGAAACACUAAGCGGCAUCACACUGCCCGGUUAUCCGACUCCGCCGACGCAGACAAUGCUAUCGUUGGCCAUGUGGAAGCUAGCCACCGAUGAACACUUUGAGGAGAUAGCCCGGAAGUUCCGCCUACCUUGGGCUCUGUGCCAGCAAGUGGUGCGUGGUUUCUGGCACUGCAUCUCGGACAACUACGAGAGCUUUAUCAAAUGGCCCAAUUCGCUGGCAGCCCAGCGAAGUACGCUGCAGGGAUACCAACGGCUGGAUCAGCUUCGGUGCUUCCGAGAGCUUUUUGGCAUCAUAACGCUGAAGCGUCUGGACGUCUUCCUGGAAUCAGAGCAUGCUGAGGUGCCGGUGGUACUGCAGCUAAUCUGCAACGCGGAGCGUAAGAUUAUUGACUGCUAUGUGGAGCUUUUCGUUGAGUAUAGUUUCGAGGAUUCGCCAAUUGGUCAGACGCUGGCCCUGAAUCCCAGGACCAUGCCAGUGGGUAGCUAUCUCAUCGGGAAUAGCGUAUUUCCACUGAAAUCCUACCUGAUGCGACCCAUUGAUGCCGAGUGCUUCCGCAAGGAUGCGGUAUUCAACGAGCUGCUUCGUCCUGCCUUCCAGGUUGCUGAGAGGGUCCUAGAUACUUUGGCGCGUCGUUUUAAUACACUGUAUGCCUUGGAGGCUCGGGAUUUGAACGAGGUGCGACUUAUCGUGGAGAGCAUCUGUGCAAUGCAUAAUCUCUGCGAGGAGUUCGAGGAUGAUGGACUAACAGACGAUGGACAAAGCACCUUCAGCUGGGGUGGGCCAGUGGAGGGCAUUAGGGGCAGUGAGAAGGAUUCGAAGGGUCUGCAGCGACGUGCGGAGCUCUUGGACGAGCUGGUGGCCAUUGAGCCUGGUGAAUAA